UACGCCAUACUAAUUGAGAACGGCGAACGAAUUUUAUCGAAGGCCUAUCGGCUGGGUGAGUGGAAGACCUCUUGCGGCGUUCGAUUUUUGAUAUCAAAAAGCAAGCUGUGUUGGAAAGAUUCGCUCGACUUUUGUUGUUCUCUGGGAAUGCGUCUUGUGUCGAUCCAGUCUUUUGAGAAGCUGAUGUGCUUGGAGAGCGUUGUACCAAAUGAAGAAUUAGAGUUCUGGACAUCAGGCACCGACGACUACUGCGCAAAUCGACGAUACCGAUGGUGCUCCGCCGAAUUCAAAGACUUUGUGAAACUGAGUGUCAACCUCAACAGCACCUAUUCAGGCAAGGAGGUUCCUCAGAGAUGCGUGAAAGCGAAAAAUUCAAAGGCUGAAGGCGUUCGUCUGAGUGUUGAUGAUUGCGAGAUUAAACUGUAUGCUCUUUGCGAGGCUCGACUGCCGGCAGAGUCUCAUUUGCAAGAGGUUUUUAACGAAUGCAAAUUAACUCAUCGCGUGUGGCAGCGGGAAAUCGACAAAUUGAGAUCUAUGAAUUUGGAUAGUUCCUCCUUCAAAAUGAAAUGCUUACUGACGUGCAUGGCUGAGCUCUUGGGAUUUCUUUAUGAAGGUGGAAAAUUUUGGGUGGAAAAUGUAGAAAGAGCGAUUAAAAAAAUAAAAUCACCUGGAGCCAGCGAAGAUUUUCGAUCCAUUGUGAAAAAAUACUCCAGCAGUUCAUUAAAAAAGGAAGCUGCUGGAAGAAUGAUGUUGCGAGAAAAGAGCAAACAAGAAGCCUGGAAAUCCACACUUCACGUAAACCAGGCUCUCGAUAGAUUUGAGGAAUGUAACAAAAGAGAUAAUUUGAGCAACCAGAAAGGAAAAUGCUCCUUCAUUCACGAUUUUAUCAAAUGUUUGACCAACGGAUCUGCUUCUUUCCUAGACCAAUUCUGGAAUCUGAACUUAAAUAACGCAUUUGGACCUAAAGACUUCUCCUACAGCAUGAAAUUUUCAUUACUUGCAUACAACUAUUACAAGAAAACUAAUAUUCCAUAUGAUGGAGUUCUCCUCGAUGAUAACAUUCGGACCUACGUAGAGUAUGUGAAUAAAGUGUCAUACACGGAGGAGGCUGUUAGCUCUCGAUGCAUCUUUAAAUAUUUGCAACCGAAAAAUUUGACUUGGAAGGAAGCUUGCAUGGAACUGAUGGAAAAUUUUAAACCAACCCCCUUGAACGACGUGUUUACGAAUAAAAUCACUGAUGAUAAAAAGGGCUUCCCUCCUGCGGGCGCUGCCUCCAAGUGUGCGGCAGCAAACGGAACCUUGGUGACAGUGACGCAAUCCACGCUCGACAGAAUGAAAAUGCUCCAUCAAUUUGUCAAAAAGAAAUCUUUAUUCAUGGAAAACAAAGAUGGCGUCCUAGUUCCUUGGAAUGAAAAUUUUGUUCUCUUGGAUGAAACUUUCCAAGACUCGAAAGGAGCAGUGCGCUGGUGCAGCACUUCAGAAGAGGUUCCUGCCUAUAUGAAGCCAAUAAACCAAUCCGAAGAGAUGAGCUCCCAAUAUUUCCAACAGUUCGGCAGCGAAGAACCGAGUCCUGUUCGUGUCUCCCACAAUGAUUAUUUUGAUAAAGCUAAAGUGCCCAUUUUUUUCUGCAAAUUCGAUCAUUCAUUCCUAACGCUAUGCAAGCAGAUUAACUUUUAAAUAUUAAAAGUCUAACUUUAUCCGAGUUUGUUUGAAAUUUCGCAUUGUUAUUUUUUGGCUUAUAAAGUUGGAUAAUUUUGU